AAGAAGAAGCAGUAGGAUCGGGCUCGGUCGUUGCUGUCAUCAGAUCACAUCAAGACGCAUCCAGGCAGUUCAGCUAAAAUAAGUGACUCUCCUUAUUGCAAUGAUUACACCGUCAACCUGUGGUUUCGCAGUAGACACGCCGCAGCUGCAAUGAAGGCAGGGGCCUCAUCCAUGUGGGCUUCAUGCUGUGGUCUGCUGAAUGAAGUCAUGGGUACAGGGGCCGUCAGAGGCCAGCAGCCAGGGUUUGGGGCCGGCGCUGGACCCUUCAGAUUUGCACCCAGUGCGGGAUACUCUACAUACCCGCCCACCAGCUCAGGGAGUCCCAGUCUUGUAUGCAAGGCCUGUGGCCAGGCCUUCUCAGUCUUCAGGAGGAAGUAUAUUUGCUGCGACUGCAAAAAGAGCUUCUGCUCUCUGUGCUCCGUGCUUCAGGAGAAUCUGCGCAUUUGUUCCACAUGCCAUUUGCUAAAGGCAACAGCUUUUCAGCGGCCGCGGCUCAUGCGUCUAAGGGUCAAGGACCUGCGUCAAUACCUGCUGCUCCGUAACAUCCCCACCGAUACCUGCAGGGAAAAAGAGGACCUGGUGGACCUGGUGCUCUGUCACCAAGGCAUUGAAGAGGAGGAGGACCUCGAAACAGGCAGCCUUCCCUCACGAUCCCUGUAUACGACGACCCCUUCUACCACGCAGUCUGCCUCAGAGCUAUCAGCUUUCGCCGCCUCUCAGGAGGAACCGCUCAGCAGGAGUGAUAGCUCUGAUACCAACCAGGAUAUAGGUGAUGCCACAUCGGUUUCUCUCCUCAACUUGGACCCCAGUGAACACACUCCUGAGGUGAGUCCUCAGACGCGACGUCGGGCCAGAGCUUCUCUCUCAGACAUCUCCAGCUUGAGGGACAUUGAGGGCCUGUCUGUCCGGCAGUUGAAGGAGAUCCUGGCCAGGAACUUUGUCAACUAUUCAGGUUGCUGCGAGAAGUGGGAGCUGGUGGAGCGAGUCAGCAGACUCUAUAGAGAGUCAGAGGAGAACAGGAAAUCCUUGGAAAAUGUGAGCAGUACGAUAACCACAGUGGUGGCCUUCCCCCCUCCUAUCUGCAACGGUGCCAUUGGAGAUGGGGAGAAAGGUCCGCUGACGAUCCAUGAUGACAACCUGUGCAGGAUCUGCAUGGAUGCUACGAUCGACUGCGUUCUCCUGGAGUGCGGCCACAUGGUGACCUGCACCAAGUGCGGCAAGAGGAUGAGCGAGUGCCCGAUCUGCAGACAGUAUGUCGUGAGGGCCGUGCACGUCUUCAAGUCCUAAUGCAACACUGCAGCAGCACAACAGCACCUGCUUCAGAGCAGUAGCAGCUCAGACUGAGACUGUACCUUAAAUCAACCACGCAGCUCAUUACCUUUGAAUCCCCAAAAUACUUUUUUUUGUGGAUGUUCCAUGUUUUUAUUCCCCAAAUUCUCACUUUAUUUGCACAUUAAAAAACUAUGGAAAACAUGUUUUUCUUAAGAAUCGAACUCUUCAGUUUCGCCAGUGAGCAUGAGUCGUUUCCUCCAGUAAACAUAUCUCUCAUUCCUAAGGGUUUGUUUUGCUUUCUAACGGAUUUUCAAUGCAAAGAAUGUGUGGCACUCGGCCACGUGCAGGCUUGUUAUACACAACUCAUCACCCUCAGAUCUGCCUAUAAAUUGUAGCCGGCACUCAGCACCUCUCUCUACAACUGCUGCAAGUGACUACACAUCUUAGUAACAGCGAGGAUGACACACACCAAACCUCCCCACAGAAGAGAGGGGGUGAGAGAACUAGGUGCCAAAUAAUGGGUUAUGCCCUCAUGCUUCUCACCCAUUUUUUCCCUCUACUGUGUGUGGGCCAGUGUGUGAUUCUUCAGCAGAAAGCACUUUGUUCACACUGUUAAUGCACCACUGCUCACAAUCCACUGCAAACUAUAACUCAGUAAAGGUGGCUGAGGUAGGAUGUGUCCUAAUUCUUGAAUACUUGUUCAAACUAGAGCUUGAGUGAUUUUGUUUUUUUAAAGACCACUAACUUUGUAAAUGUCAGCUAGGGAAGCUGAUCAGAAAAUCAUUGAGCUCAUGUUGUUUUUUAAAAAUUAGAGAGCAGAGAUACUCGAGUGUUACUCAGCCCACAAAUGAACAGGCGCUCUGCCCUUGUGAUUCAAGAAUAUUGGUGAUUGAUGAUUGUGAUUCAUGUUUUGUUCACUUAUUUUAUUAUAGAAGCGCUUAUCGUAAUGCUUCGCACAAUUAAAAAUGAUCAUACAAAGUCUGUCAUUACAGCAAUAGCUAAUCUCCGCUGUCACCUCAGUCCUGUCUCUGCACUUUAGCGGAGACAAAACAACAAAAAAACGGUGCUAAUUCAUCCGACCAUCUUCCCUGUUUUCCAGCUGAACUGUGGAUGUGAAACUGAAUGUUUUUAUUUUAUUUUUCAUUGUCGUCGUAUAUUGUUGGGAGUGGAAUGAAGUGUCUUAAUGCUUUCAGUUGAUUUUCUCUUAUGUAGGAGUAAUGUAAUGAACUAACUAUUCAAAGAUAUAGCUACAAGUUUACUGAUACCUGUGAUAUAUAAAGUAUAUAGAAAUAAAUACUUGCUAAUGUACAUUUGCAUAUAUUGAUCCAUAUGAGAUGUAUAUAUCUAUAUUUUUUUUCCAUUUGAUUUGAAUUGUGUAAUAUCAGAUUAUUGAAAUGUCCCUGGGAUUGGGUUAGUUUAUAAUUACAGAGUUAGGUUUUUCUUGUCAAGUGAUUUGAAAUGUGUUAAUCUGCAUAGGUUUGCUUGAAAUAUCUUUCUCUAUUGUACCGGAGCAUGACAACAGCCUGUGUGACACUGAUUAUGUUCCCCCCCCCCCUAUCAUUCCCAUCCUUCCUACCUUAUACAACUCUGGUCCCCCCCUUUCCCCCUCCGCUCCUGCCCAUUUAGAAAUAUCCAGCUCUGUACUGUACCCACACAAAGUCAACACUGCUGCUAUUACAGUAAAGAUGUCCCCUGCCAUUAUUAACAGUAGCGGAGCUGGUUGCACUUUUCCUUUAGAGAGGGUGUAAUUGUGUGCAAGGUUUGGUCUUUGUAUUUGGGAAUGUUGAACUUUUUAUUUUGGUAAUUAAAGAUUUUAAUUAAAAGUCUGUUUUUGUAUACAGAUGCAUCAUAAA